UCCAUCUCUCAGUCUCUCAGGAUUUAGAAAGUGGUUGGCUGGACUAGAGAUCACGAAAGGGACAAGGGAAUAAGCACUUUUUGACGCGACUUUUCCGUUCACUUGGAACGUUUAUAUGUAAAAGGGAAAAAAGGGAAUUAUGGAAGGAAACAGCGGAUACCUCUUAUACACGCGCACCGCAGUGGUUUACGGUUUAAUCCUCAUCAACCCGGUGUUAAGUCAUGACUGGACUCAUGCCCAUGCAGAGGACAGGUUGUUCAACAGGCUGUUCGUUGGCUAUAACAAGUGGUCCCGCCCCGUACGAAACAUCAGCGACGUUGUCAUCGUCAAGUUCGGUCUGUCCAUCGCACAACUCAUAGACGUGGAUGAGAAGAACCAGAUGAUGACCACCAACGUAUGGCUGAAACAGGAGUGGAGUGACUAUAAACUGCGGUGGCGUCCAUCUGACUACGACAACGUGACGUCCAUUAGAGUACCUUCUGAACUGAUCUGGGUACCUGACAUCGUCCUCUAUAACAAUGCGGAUGGUGAGUUUUCAGUGACCCAUAUGACCAAGGCUCAUCUGUUCCAUAGUGGUCAUGUGCGCUGGGUUCCCCCGGCCAUCUAUAAGUCCUCCUGCUCUAUAGACGUCACCUUCUUCCCCUUCGAUCAGCAGAAUUGUAAAAUGAAGUUUGGCUCCUGGACCUACGACAGAGCUAAGAUAGAUCUAGAGCCUAUAGGGGAUACUGUCGAUCUGAAGGACUACUGGGAGAGUGGUGAAUGGGCUAUAGUGAACGCAGUGGGAACCUACAACACUAAGAAGUAUGACUGUUGCCAUGAGAUCUACCCUGAUAUAACCUACUAUUUCAUGAUCAGACGCCUGCCUCUAUUCUACACUGUCAACCUCAUUAUCCCUUGUCUCCUCAUCUCCUGUCUCACCGUCCUCGUGUUCUAUCUGCCUUCUGACUGUGGAGAGAAGAUCACUCUGUGUAUCUCUGUCUUACUCUCUCUCACCGUCUUCCUCCUGCUCAUCACUGAGAUCAUCCCUUCCACCUCCCUGGUGAUUCCUCUCAUCGGGGAGUAUCUCCUUUUCACCAUGAUCUUCGUCACUCUGUCUAUUGUGAUAACGGUGUUUGUCCUGAACGUCCACCAUCGUUCCUCUGCUACUCACACCAUGCCUGGCUGGGUUCGGACACUGUUCCUGUCUGCCAUUCCCCGGUGGCUCUGCAUGAAACGACCCCCGCCUGACCUCAGGAGGAGGGGCUUAGUAGGCAAACUCCACCCCUUCGGAACCUUCAGAACACCUGGCCCCUCCCGCGCUUCGUCGCAUUCCACAGCUCACACCUGGCUCAUGCGGGAGUCCGAUGUUGAUCUCCAUGGUAACGAGGACGAGGAUGUGAUUCGCCAUGGUUACUUGGAUACGGAGAUGGACGCGGGGUUAGGGGGGAGGUUGAGGCUUCCUCCAUCCUUCUCCUUUCCCCCUCCCUCUCCUCGCCUGCCCGUCUACACCUCCCUCAUCCCCAAGACUCACACCACCCAGCGGCCCCCCAAUCUGAGUCUGACCCCAGACUGGGACUUCGCUCCCCCAGGUCCUGAUGUUGGUAUGGCCCACGCCCCAGCUCCAGCCCUGUCUCCUGCAGUAUUACAAGCCCUGGAGGGGGUGACGUACAUCGCUGAACACCUCAGAGCCGAGGACCAAGACUUCUCUGUGAAGGAGGACUGGAAGUACGUUGCCAUGGUGAUAGAUCGUAUCUUCCUGUGGAUGUUCAUCAUCGUGUGUCUCCUGGGAACCAUCGGAUUGUUCUUACCACCCUGGCUGGCCGGCAUGAUCUAGAACCCUGUGUGUGUGUGUGUGUGUAAUAAUAAUAAUAUUAAUAAUUAUUAUUAUUUGGUGGGUGCUUAUAUUUGUCCUAUUUCACACAUGUACAACUGUGUAUUUUGCAUAUCCCAACUCUCCCUGAGCCACUCUCGGAGAGUGGGGUCAUGGCCGGGGUCUCACGGUGGUGUGUGUGUGUGUGUACCUUAGGGCUCGUCCUUCUACUAUGGCUCUCCGGAAUGAUCUAGAAGCGUUCUAGAACUGUUCCUUAGUCCAGACAUUCUAGAACUCUAUCCUUCUCUGUUCUACAAUCUAGUGUCAACGUUACCAAUGUUGAGGAACUGGGGCCAAGUCACAACUUCAAGAAGCACCCUACCCCCCCAAAAAAUGAUAAAGAUUGACCUAUUUAACAUCUAAGACUUAUUGGUGAAUAAAAAUAAAAAUGUCUGUCUUUGUAUGGACAUUAAAUGAUCAAUGUAUAGUUAGGUCUGCCGAUGAAUAGUAGAGAGAGAGAGAGAGGAAGAUAGAGGGAUUGGAGUGGUGAGGGAGGUAGAGCUGGAGGGAUGCUUGCACAAAUCCAAUGUUUUUAAAUGCAUGAGGGGAAGUGAAUAAGUGCACACUUCUGGGUAAAGGGUAGAGAAUGGGAACACAGCAGAGUAUGUGUUCUCUGGGCUAGCAGUUAGCGACGGCCCCUACACUCUUAGAAAGAGAAGAGCCCCCUCUGCUGGUGAGAACUGGAAAGGGAGGCUUUGUGUUGUUUCCGGGUGCGCACCAGUUUUCCUAUAUUAUCAGCACCCCAAUGUCCUCACAUUUCACCUUAAUAUCCUGAAAAGGUAGGAAAACAAGAACUGUUUUGAAAAGUCAGGUCCUGAAUUUGUUCAAGUGCUAUUUUAUGCUUAAGGUUUGGGUUUAGGGAUUAGGGAAAAUAUAAUUUGUAAUGGUUAAACAUUUUUAUACUCCAAAAAGUCCUGAUUACAGCAUGUUAGUCAUUUAGCAGACCCUCUUAUCCAGAGCGACUUACAGGCCAUUCAUCUUCAGAUAACUAGGUGAGACAACCACAUAUCACAGUAGUUAGUAUAUUCACCUUCAGAUAGCUAGGUGGGACAACCACAUAUCACAGUAGUUAGUAUAUUCAUCUUCAGAUAGCUAGGUGAGACAACCACAUACUACAGUAGUUAGUAUAUUCAUCUUCAGAUAGCUAGGUGAGACAACCACAUAUCACAGUAGUUAGUAUAUUCAGAUAGCUAGGUGAGACAACCACAUAUCACAGUAGUUAGUAUAUUCAUCUUCAGAUAACUAGGUGAGACAACCACAUAUCACAGUAGUUAGUAUAUUCAGAUAGCUAGGUGGGACAACCACAUAUCACAGUAGUUAGUAUAUUCAGAUAGCUAGGUGGGACAACCACAUAUCACAGUAGUUAGUAUAUUCAUCUUCAGAUAACUAGGUGAGACAACCACAUAUCACAGUAGUUAGUAUAUUAAUCUUCAGAUAGCUAGGUGGGACAACCACAUAUCACAGUAGUUAGUAUAUUCAUCUUCAGAUAGCUAGGUGAGACA